AUGGAAAAACAAGUCUGGUCGUCAGCAGGUUUGGCCAGGAUAGGGUUGGCCAGGGUAGGUUUGGUCGUCAUCAGGAUUGUCCAGGAUAGGUUUAGUCAUCAUCAGGUGUGGCCAGGGGAGAUCUGGCCUAAAAUCAGUCAUCAGGUGUGGCCAGGGGAGAUCUGGCCUACGUUUUGUCAUCAUCAGGUAUGGCCAGGGGAGAACUGGCCUACGUUUUGUCAUCAUCAGGUGUGGCCAGGGGAAAAUUGGCCUACGUUCUGUCAUCAUCAGGUGUGGCCAGGGGAGAACUGGCCUAAAAUUAGUCAUCAGGUAUGGCCAGGGGAGAACUGGCCUACGUUUUGUCAUCAUCAAGUGUGGCCCGGGGAGAACUGGCCUACGUUCUGUCAUCAUCAGGUGUGGCCAGGGGAGAACUGGCCUAAAAUUAAUCAUCAGGUAUGGCCAGGGGAGAACUGGCCUACGUUUUGUCAUCAUCAGAUAUGGCCAGGGGAGAACUGGCCUAAAAUUAAUCAUCAUGUGUGGCCAGGAGAGAACUGGCCUACGUUUUGUCAUCAUCAGAUAUGGCCAGGGGAGAACUGGCCUAAAAUUAAUCAUCAGGUGUGGCCAGGGGAGAACUGGCCUACGUUUUGUCAUCAUCAGGUAUGGCCAGGGGAGAACUGGCCUACGUUUUGUCAUCAUCAGGUAUGGCCAGGGGAGAACUGGCCUAAAAUUAGUCAUCAGGUAUGGCCAGGGGAGAACUGGCCUACGUUUUGUCAUCAUCAGGUGUGGCCAGGGGAGAACUGGCCUACGUUUUGUCAUCAUCAGGUGUGGCCAGGGGAGAACUGGCCUACGUUUUGUCAUCAUCAGGUGUGGCCAGGGGAGAACUGGCCUACGUUUUGUCAUCAUCAGGUGUGGCCAGGGGAGAACUGGCCUACGUUUUGUCAUCAUCAGGUAUGGCCAGGGGAGAACUGGCCUAAAAUUAAUCAUCAGGUAUGGCCAGGGGAGAACUGGCCUACGUUUUGUCAUCAUCAAGUGUGGCCAGGGGAGAACUGGCCUACGUUCUGUCAUCAUCAGAUAUGGCCAGGGGAGAACUGGCCUAAAAUUAAUCAUCAGGUAUGGCCAGGGGAGAACUGGCCUACGUUUUGUCAUCAUCAGGUGUGGCCAGGGGAGAACUGGCCUAAAAUUAAUCAUCAGGUAUGGCCAGGGGAGAACUGGCCUACGUUUUGUCAUCAUCAGGUGUGGCCAGGGGGGAACUGGCCUACGUUUUGUCAUCAUCAGGUAUGGCCAGGGGAGAACUGGCCUACGUUUUGUCAUCAUCAGGUGUGGCCAGGGGAAAACUGGCCUACGUUUUGUCAUCAUCAGGUGUGGCCAGGGGAGAACUGGCCUACGUUUUGUCAUCAUCAGGUGUGGCCAGGGGAGAACUGGCCUACGUUUUGUCAUCAUCAGGUGUGGCCAGGGGAGAACUGGCCUACGUUUUGUCAUCAUCAGGUAUGGCCAGGGGAGAACUGGCCUAAAAUUAAUCAUCAGGUAUGGCCAGGGGAGAACUGGCCUACGUUUUGUCAUCAUCAAGUGUGGCCAGGGGAGAACUGGCCUACGUUCUGUCAUCAUCAGAUAUGGCCAGGGGAGAACUGGCCUAAAAUUAAUCAUCAGGUAUGGCCAGGGGAGAACUGGCCUACGUUUUGUCAUCAUCAGGUGUGGCCAGGGGAGAACUGGCCUAAAAUUAAUCAUCAGGUAUGGCCAGGGGAGAACUGGCCUACGUUUUGUCAUCAUCAGGUGUGGCCAGGGGAGAACUGGCCUACGUUUUGUCAUCAUCAGGUAUGGCCAGGGGAGAACUGGCCUACGUUUUGUCAUCAUCAGGUGUGGCCAGGGGAGAACUGGCCUACGUUUUGUCAUCAUCAGGUGUGGCCAGGGGAGAACUGGCCUACGUUUUGUCAUCAUCAGGUAUGGCCAGGGGAGAACUGGCCUAAAAUAAAUCAUCAGGUAUGGCCAGGGGAGAACUGGCCUACGUUUUGUCAUCAUCAAGUGUGGCCAGGGGAGAACUGGCCUACGUUCUGUCAUCAUCAGAUAUGGCCAGGGGAGAACUGGCCUAAAAUUAAUCAUCAGGUAUGGCCAGGGGAGAACUGGCCUACGUUUUGUCAUCAUCAGGUAUGGCCAGGGGAGAACUGGCCUAAAAUUAGUCAUCAUCAGGUGUGGCCAGGGGUGAUUUGGCCUAAAAUCAGUCAUCAUCAGGUGUGGCCAGGGGAGAACUGGCCUAAAAUUAGUCAUCAUCAGGUGUGGCCAGGGGAGAACUGACCUACGUUUUGUCAUCAUCAGGUAUGGCCAGGGGAGAACUGGCCUACGUUUUGUCAUCAUCAGGUAUGGCCAGGGGAGAACUGGCCUACGUUUUGUCAUCAUCAGGUGUGGCCAGGGGAGAACUGGCCUACGUUUUGUCAUCAUCAGGUGUGGCCAGGGGAGAACUGGCCUAAAAUUAGUCAUCAUCAGGUGUGGCCAGGGGUGAUUUGGCCUACGUUUUGUCAUCAUCAGGUGUGGCCAGGGGAGAACUGGCCUAAAAUUAGUCAUCAUCAGGUGUGGCCAGGGGAGAACUGGCCUACGUUUUGUCAUCAUCAGGUGUGGCCAGGGGAGAACUGGCCUACGUUUUGUCAUCAUCAGGUGUGGCCAGGGGAGAACUGGCCUACGUUUUGUCAUCAUCAGGUAUGGCCAGGGGAGAACUGGCCUACGUUUUGUCAUCAUCAGGUAUGGCCAGGGGAGAACUGGCCUACGUU